CUUCUUUGAUUCAGGGGCUGAAGCACUUGAAGCUUCCAUUGCUGCAGUCAGUAAAUACGGCGGAGCUAGUGCUGGUUAUCGCACAUUGUUAGAUGCCCUUAUUCCAGCGUCAUCGAUGCUUCAGGAGAGGUUAAAUGCUGGGGAUGUUCCUCAUACUGCUUUUGUCCUCUCGUCAGAAGCAGCAUUGGCUGGAGCCGAGGCAACCAAGCACAUGCAGGCACAGGCUGGGCGUUCAAGCUAUGUCUCUGGGGAGAUCCUUUCAUCAGUUCCAGAUCCUGGUGCAGUGGCUGCAGCUUCAUGGUACAGAGCAGCAGCUUUAGCCGUCAAGGACAAAUACGGGAUUUCUUCAUGA